AUGACUGCCAGACUUAAGAAGAACAGAAAGAAGCGAGGCCAUGUUUCGGCUGGCCAUGGACGCAUUGGCAAGCAUCGAAAGCAUCCGGGAGGUCGUGGUCUUGCCGGUGGUCAACAUCAUCAUCGAACCAACAUGGAUAAAUAUCAUCCAGGAUAUUUCGGAAAAGUUGGUAUGCGAUAUUUCCACAAAACUCAAAACAAAUUCCAUAAACCAGUCGUCAAUCUCGAUAAACUAUGGACACUAGUCACCGAGCAAACACGCGAAGAAUAUGCUGGAAGAACAGAUGUUGCCCCGGUGAUUGAUACACUUCAGGCUGGAUUUGGGAAAGUAUUGGGUAAAGGUCGUCUUCCUUCGCGACCUGUAAUAGUGAAGGCUAGAUAUGUAUCACGCAGAGCAGAAGCAAAAAUAAAACAGGCCGGGGGUGUUGUUAAGUUGGUAGCAUAA